AUGGCCGGGAACUCGAACGAGUCGACUGCUACCGAGGGACGUGGGAAAGAAACUGCAUCCACCAACCCGAAGAAGAGCGCCAACGAGUCGACUGUUACUGAGGAACGUGGGAGAGAAGCUGCACCCACCAACCAAAAGAAAAAAAGGGACCAGAGUAAAGCCCGCGAGGGGAGCUCACUAGAACCGAUGGUGGCAGAAUUCGGGGAGAGACUGGAGAGGGUCCAGCAUGACUUCAAGACGCUGGAGGACCAUGUCUUGGAGCAAGUUGACGCGCUCAAGGGGAGUGCCGAAGAGACUAUCAAUGAGGUAGAAGUUUGGUUCAUAAGGCUAGAGGAUAUGAUCCAAUCCUUACGUGAAAGCAUCGAGGGGAUGCGGGAGGACGUGACGCUCUGCAAGAGAAUCGCCGUUAGCGGGAGUGCUAACAUCACCAUCUCUAACCCGAAGGUCGAGUGCCCCAAGCCGCAAGGGUUCAACGGGGCAAGGGACGCCAAGGAAGUCGAAAACUACCUAUGGCGGAUGGAGCAAUACUUCGAGGGAAUCGGCCUUAACGACGAGGCGACUAAGGUAAAGACCGCUGCUUUAUAUCUUUCUGAUACUGCUAUGUUAUGGUGGCGUAGGAAACAUGCCGACAUUGAGCGAGGAGCUUGUCGGGUAGAUACGUGGGACGAGUUCAAGAAAGAACUCAAGAAGCACUUCUACCCCGAGAAUAUGGUAUACGAGGCUCGUAAGAGAUUGCGGGAGUUGAAGCAACGGGGUACUAUGCGGGACUAUGUAAAAGAAUUCACAACCCUUAUGCUUCAAAUUCCCAAUAUGUCCGAGGAUGAUCUCUUGUUCUAUUUUAUUGACGGACUACAAGGAUGGGCCAAGCAAGAGAUGCAUCGUCAGGACAUUAAAACGGUUGAUGAGGCCAUUACCAUCGCCGAGUCACUCGUCGACUUCCAACCCUACUCCCACACCAAUGCGACGAAAAAUAAAGAUAAGUAUUCAGCCAAAUGUGGGGGAGAACGGCGGGAGAAUUACCAAGGCAACCGAGACCGAGAUCACCGAAGGCCACAAACUAAAGAGGGAGAUCGUGAUCGACGUCCGGGCCGAAGGGACUACGAAGAGAAGAAAAAGGCCUUCAUUCCGAAAGGAGGAUGCUUCUUGUGUAAAGGACCGUAUCCGAUGAGUAGAUGUCCCAAACUUGGUUCAUUGUCUGCCAUCGUCGAUCGUCAAGACACAAAGUCUCAAGCCGAUAUGGGGUCACUCCAAGUUCUAAACACCUUGAAGGCCAAGCCAUUGACACCAACACCGAGUAAUGGGCUCAUGUAUGUGGAAGCGGUGAUCAACGAGAAGCCGACAAGAGCCAUGGUGGACACGGGAGCUACCCACAAUUUCGUGUCUAAAGACGAAGCCAACCGUUUGGGCCUAAAGUACAUUGGGAGCACAGGAUGGCUCAAGACGGUAAACACACAAGCGGUACCACUCCAUGGCGUGGCACGAGGGGUCGAGCUAUGCUUAGGCACUUGGAAUGGCCAAGUGAACUUCUCUGUCAUUCCCAUGGAUGACUUCAAGGUCGUUUUGGGGUUGGAAUUUCUCCGACAGGUAACCGCUAUCCCUAUGCCUUCUUUUAGUUCCGUUUGCAUCUUGGAGAAAGGGUCUCCUUGCAUGAUCCCCACGGUCAAGGCACCGAAAGAACAAGGUCGAGAUGCCACACAACUCUCGGCCAUACAACUUGGUAAAAGCAUCAAGAAAUGGGACAUUACUUACUUGGCCAUGCUAAAGGAAGAUGACGAGAUCGAGAAAACGGAUGACCUACCAUUGAUCAUCCGUGAAGUCCUAGAGGAGAACAAGGACGUGAUGCCGCCCGAGUUACCAAAUAAACUUCCCCCAAGAUGUGAGGUGGAUCACAAGAUCGAGUUGGAACCUGGUGCCAAGCCGCCAGCCUUGGCACCCUACCGAAUGGCCCCACCUGAACUUGAGGAACUUUGA